AUGGAUGUAAGUAAUGUAGCUGCUCAAGUAGUUGAUCCUGUAAACGUUGUAGAAGAUUCUGUUGAAGUAGCUGUCCCUUUAGAAAAGAUAGAGCAAAAAGACAGACUGUUAGGGCUCAAGAACUUGUAUGUAGAGCUAGAGUUGAGAUGCCUGAGGGUGGUGCAGUACCUGUUGGAAGAAACAAAAUUCACACCAGAACUUGUAAUGAGGGGAACCAAAAUUAUCUUGAUGAAAAUUGACAAUGUGAGGUUUGUGGACUCACUAAGCUACUUCCCCAUGGCUCUGUCUGCUCUGCCUAAAGCCUUUGAUCUACCUCCAGAGAAAAAGAAAGGCUUCUUUCUCCAUCUCUUCAACACAUUGGCAAACCAAAACUAUGUGGGUCCUAUGCCAGCUAAAGAGUACUAUUGUCCUGAAUCUAUGUUUGAGAAAUCCCAUAUUGACUUUGAUAAAUGGUACAGUGAGCAGGUUGCAAACAAGUAUGAAUUUAAUUUUAAAAAGGAGUUGCAGGAAUACUGUAUGUCAGAUGUUGAUAUCUUGGCUCAAGCCUGUCUAAAGUUCCGCUCAAUCUUUCUAAAAGAGUGUAAUGUUGACCCGUUUCUUGAGACUGUUACCAUUGCAAGUGCCUGCAAUCUAGCCUUCAGACGAAACUUCUUAAAACCCAACACUAUUGGCAUCAUCCCUAAGAACGGCUAUCGAUUAGUAGAUAAUCAAUCAGCAAUUGCACUCCAAUGGCUUUCUUGGGUCGAGGAAACCAACGGGGUUAGAAUUGAUCAUGCCGGACGAGGCAAAGAAGUCAAAGUUAAUGGGAUGAAGGUAGAUGGGUUUGAUGGUAGAAACAUCUAUGAGUUCCACGGGUGUUACUGGCAUGGAUGCCCUAAAUGUUUUAAUUAUAACCGACACACCCCGUUGAAGGAGGAUCCCUCUGAUUUAUUUCAUCUCCGUUAUGAGAGAACCAUGGCUAAAAAUGCCAAGUUUACAGAACAUGUGUUGGUAGAGAUGUGGGAAUGUGAAUUCCGUAAGCUUAAAAAGGAUCAAAAACUUAAUCAUCUAGACAGUCUGCCUAUCUUGAACAAUCUCCCACUAGACCCACGACAGUCUUUUUUUGGAGGUAGGACAGGCAAUGUGAAAUCCUAUCAUAAAUGUGUUGAGGGGGAAACUAUUCAAUAUGUUGAUGUUUGCUCUCUCUAUCCGUAUGUUUGUAAGUAUGGGAAGUAUCCUGUAGGCCACCCAACUAUUUAUGUAGGGGAUAGGGAGUGUCGUGAGAGAGGUAUGGAAGUAGAGGGUUUGUUAAAAUGUAAAGUUUUGCCACCUCAUGAUCUAUAUCACCCUGUACUCCCUAUAAAAAUGAUCGAUAAAUUGAUGUUUGUGUUGUGUAGGACUUGUGGGGAGAUGAUGAAUCAGGGAGAGUGUAACCAUGAUACCGAUAAUAGGGCACUAGUAGGGACUUGGACUAUGGAUGAGAUUAGGAAAGCUGUAGAGAAAGGGUAUAUUGUAUUGGACAUGUAUGAGUUAUGGGAGUACCAGGUAGCGACUUAUGAAAAUGGGGGUUUGUUCACCGACUUUAUUAAUAAAUUUCUUAAGAUGAAACAGGAAGCUUCGGGCUAUCCAGAGUGGUGUAAGACUGAGGAAGACAAAAACAAGUAUAUUGCAGACUAUUUGGGACAUGAGGGAAUUAAGCUGAUAAAAGAAAAGAUUGUUAAGAAUGGGGGGUUAAGAUCAUUGGCAAAAUUGAUGUUAAACAGUUUCUGGGGAAAAUUUGGACAGAGGGAGAAUCAGACUAAAGCUACAAUUGUUAGGGACUCCAAAACACUUUUCCAAAUGCUCUCAUCCUCUGAAAUUAAAGUUAAUAGGCUCCAAACCGUCAAUGAGGAGGUUGUAGUUGUUUCUUGGGAGUAUUUAGAAGAGGUAGGAGAGCCUCUAAGCAACAUAAACGUUUGUAUCGCGGCCUACACCACUGCACAGGCUAGACUCAAGCUCUAUGAAUAUCUUGAUGCCCUAGGAGCUCAAGUAUUGUAUUAUGAUACAGACAGUGUUUUAUUCUAUCACCGUCAGGGCCUGUAUAGAGUCCCUACAGGAGAUUACCUCGGUGAAAUGACAGAUGAAUUAGUAGAUUAUGGACCCGGUUCUUAUAUCACUGAACUUGUCUCUGGGGGGCCUAAAACCUAUGCAUACCUUGUCUGGUCAACCAAUCAACAGAAAUUGAUCCCAGUCUGUAAAAUCAAGGGCCUCACCCUCAACUUUAAAACAUCAAAGGUUGUAAACUUUGAAAAACUGAGAGAAAUGAUCCUAAGUGAAGUAAAACAGUCAAUUGAAAUUGAAGAAAACAGAAUCAGAAGAACUAGAGAUAGAGAUAUUGUUACCAUCACUGAGAGCAAAGUGUUUAAAAUCACGGGGCCUAAGAGAAGGUAUGAAGGUCAGUAUGACACUCUACCUUUUGGCUACAGAAAAGUCCAAAGAGACUUGUAA